GGGCUCUGGGCGGUGUUUCGAGCUGUAAAUCCGGCCCUUUCCCUUUGCCAUGGCGGAGAUUUUGGAGUUCCGUGUCCCAGUUGGGCACGAUCGGACCCUGCUUGUCUUGGGGCUGGAGACAGACGCAGCGGAGCACGCUCUGUAUUUAGCAUUCUCUGCCUUUGGGCCGCUCUACUCUGUGAGGCUUCACAGAAAUGCUGCAGUCGCCGGGCCUGGCUAUAAUGCUCUUAUCAAGUACUACUCUGCUAGAGAUGCUGGCAGAGCUCAACGUGCAUGCAACCAGCAACCGCUGUUUCAGAAAUCACCUUUGAAGGUUUGCAUCUGUACCAGACAGAGGCUCUUUCCACAGAACAGCCACAAAUGCCAGGAAUUGGCCAAUCACUACCUUGGUUUCAAUGGCUGGUCCAGUCGCAUCGUCAUGCUCCAGGAUAUCUCUGGCUUUGAAGAGGAGGAGAAGAAUGAAGAGGAAGGAGCAAAGAAGGAGCCAGGGAGCCAGUGCUGGAAGUAUCUCUGUGUUCAAGAACUAACUAUUCCACAACAUGGCAUCUGCACCAGAGGGGUUGGAGUGGCCGAGGCUCCUGUAGACCCUAGCUGAGAGUUUCUCACGGCCAUGCGCAGUGUUCAGAAGCUUGCAGCGCAAAAAGCACUCUCGGAUGCAUUUCAGAAGAUUCUGCUUGUAGUUCUAGAGAACAGGAAGGUGGCCGUGGAGUUCAGCUGUUCCCAAGAGAGCCUUGUGGACUGCUUAACAGAUGAAGAACUCCAGGGGCUUCUUCAGGUGACUGACUUGUCCUCUUCACAGUUGAAUCCUGAAGCAGAAGAGGAGAUCUUGUCUGACGUCAGCAUAGAUGGAGACUAGCUGCAGAGAGUGUCUUCACGUUAGAUGGGGAGGAGGUUUGUCUGACCUUUGCGUCUAGUUUUCCUCUCUGUGCUGCUUAAGUGCAGCUGUCUCAGCAAAUGUCAUCAUUUGGAAGCUGAUUCCAUUGUUUUCCUAAAAUUUGCACCCAGAUCCAUUGAAAUGGCACCUCCCUACCUGAUAGUUUUAACUCUUCCAUAAUGGCCUUUUUAUAUUUGUGAAGGUUGUGUACAGAUGUGUUCCACCGUAUUUUUAUUUUCUAAUACUUUUGUCAUUAAAAAAAUUAUUUUUGUGAUUCUUUUCCUAUAUGAAGGGAGUCGAUUUCUCUAAAUAAACAUCAUGUAAGCUUU